UCGUGUCUAUGUCUAUAAUUUUAAUUUGUGUUGUGUUCGUAUGUGUAUUGUAUUGUGCAGACAGUAGAUACGUGAUUGCUCGCACGCUGACUAUUAAUACUUAAUAUAUUUUGAUUAUUGUAUCAUGCAAUGUAAAACCAUAUGCGCUGUUGAAGUCAUCAGUUAUUAGAACGGCAGUCGAGGUCAUGUGACGGUAGGGAACGGGUGACCCGCCUAGUUACAGCGUCCCUGCUACAGUAAGCUCGCUACCGCUGAAACGUUAUCUCUUCGGUCGGAAGCGGCUACUUUUAUCGGGAAUUCUGGAGCAAUAUCCCCACACGUACACCGGUCUUAGUACAGAGAGCGCGCUGUUUUAACGAGGCCCAGUUUACGAGUGUAUUGAACCCGUGUUUGUUCACGGAUUCAUCUGGAAACAUGAACUUUAUCGUGAUUUGUAGUUUAAUAUUCACAUUCAUAAUUAGAAUAGAAGGAGGUGAUGUGACAGUUUUAACUGUUGCAACGGAUGACAAUCAUGGCUUGGAGCGUUAUUUGAAUUCAGCCAAAGUAUAUGGAAUAGAAGUUGAAGUGUUAGGGAGAGGAGAAAAAUGGAAAGGUGGAGAUAUGAACCAUCCAGGGGGAGGACAAAAAAUAAACUUACUCAGAAAUAAACUUAAUGAUUUAAUGAAAUCAGAAAAGAAUAAGGAUAAACUUAUUCUUUUUACUGACAGCUAUGAUGUGAUGUUCCUGGGCAGUUUAGAUGACAUAAUAAAGAAAUUUAAAACAUUUGAAAAUACUCGAGUCCUGUUCUCAGCAGAGCAGUUCUGCUGGCCAGAUCCAAACCUUGCAGCACAGUAUCCCAAAACUGAAGUUGCUAAUCCCUAUUUGAAUUCUGGUGGAUUUAUAGGCUAUAUAUCAGAACUUUCUGGAAUAAUUAAUUAUAGGGAAGUAAAUGAUAAAGAUGAUGACCAACUUUAUUAUACAAAGAUUUAUUUGGAUAAGAAUUUAAGAGACAAAUUCAAAAUAUCUCUUGACCAUAACUCAUCAAUAUUCCAAAACCUUAAUGGAGCUUUAUCGGAUGUUGAAUUAAAAGCCAACACCACAGAGGAGUGGCCUUACAUUGAGAAUGUGGCCACCAAACAAGUUCCUCUCAUAGUGCAUGGUAAUGGACCAUCAAAAUUGACUCUUAAUCACCUUGGCAAUUACUUGGCUAAGUCAUGGUCUAACAAGUCAGGCUGUGCACUCUGUAAACAGAAAAGAAUUGAACUGAAGGAUGAUAAAUUGCCUAUGAUAAUGAUGGCAGUAUUCAUUGAGCAGCCAACACCCUUCUUGGAAGAGUUUCUACAACAACUGUUGGACACAAACUAUCCAAAAACCAAAAUUCACCUUCUUUUGAGAAACAAUGUAGAAUACCAUGAAACUGAAAUAGACGAUUUUUUCCAAACACAUUCUAAAACAUAUGCAACUGCCAAGCGAAUUAAACCUAGUGAUUUUAUCUCCGAAUCCGAAGCUCGCAAUAUUGCCAAAAACCGAUGUAUAAACAGUGAUUGUGAUUAUCUAUUCUCAAUAGAUAGUCUGUCUAGAAUAGAAAAAGGUACUCUCCGCUACUUGGUAGCGUCAGGAUAUGAUGUGGUGGCUCCGAUGCUCGUGCGCUCCGGGCAAGCUUGGUCCAAUUUCUGGGGCGCCAUCAACUCUGCCGGGUUCUAUGCCCGCUCUUCAGACUACAUGGACAUAGUCUACCACGUAAUCAGAGGGAUUUGGAAUGUGCCUUUUAUCACCAAUUGUUACCUUAUGAAAAUGUCUGUGUUCCGAGCUCCAGAAGCCAAAUCCGUCACUUAUUCUAAGGAGGAUGUCGACCCCGACAUGGCCUUUUGUGCCAGUUUGCGAGAAGCUGGCAUAUUUAUGCACGUGAGCAACGAACUGGAUUUCGGCCACUUAGUAAAUCCCGAGAGCUAUGACAUUAGUCGCACGCACCCUGAUAUUUACCAAGCGAUGGACAAUAAAGUCGAGUGGGAGCAACGCUACCUCAACGAGGAGUACGCGGCCAAUUUCGAUGAAGGACGCAAGCAUUCAAUGCCCUGCCCAGACGUAUACUGGUUUCCUCUGAUGUCGAAAAGAUUCUGUGUGGAAUGGAUUGAGGUUAUGGAAGCGUACGGUCAAUGGAGCGACGGUUCUAAUAACGACAAGCGUUUAGAGAGUGGGUACGAAGCUGUGCCCACCCGCGACAUCCACAUGACUCAGGUGGGCUUGGAGCGACAGUGGCUGCACAUCCUCAAAGAGUAUGUCAGGCCGCUGCAAGAAAUGGUCUUCCUUGGAUAUUACCAUAACCCGCCAGUAUCGAUCAUGAACUUCGUGGUUCGCUACCGGCCCGAUGAGCAGCCAGCCCUACGACCGCACCACGACUCCUCUACUUAUACCAUUAAUCUUGCUCUCAACACGCCCCACGUGGAUUACGAGGGCGGCGGGUGCCACUUCCUGCGUUACAACUGUUCCGUGCGCGACACGCGGCAGGGUUGGCUGCUCAUGCACCCCGGCCGGCUCACUCACUACCACGAGGGACUCCGCGUCACCAAGGGAACACGUUACAUCAUGAUCUCAUUUGUAGAUCCUUGAAUCCACGCUUCUACAACGCCAACUUCAAUGCAAAUUCAGAUGAGAUCCCUAACUGAACAACGAGACCGUUCCUAUACAACAAAAUACGCUAAGGUAUUUUCCUAUCAUAAAAUCAUAAUAAACUAAACAAUUUUAGAGUAAGUAAAUACGUAUCGAAUCUCUAACUCGCAAUGAUGAUAUAAAGUGCACAUAAACCGAAUGGAUUAAUUUAAGUUAAAAAAAUAUAUAUUAAAAUAGAAUUAAUAAUAUAAUUUCGAACUGAAUUGAUAUCAGAUACACCAAGUAGCAAGACUUUUAAAAUCAUUAAUAACACACAUUAGCUGUUGUGUUAAUAUAGUAAAAAUAUUCAUACAACCUUGGUUUUACUACGCGCAUUUUUGAUACCACUCAUGCGAUUUAACUUUAAUUCUUAAUGCAUUUAUUUUGUACUAUUAUUUUUAAGUAUAACCAAAGAUUUAUACUUUUUGAACGCACAUUGAUUGCUAUCAAUGCAAGCGAUAUUAUUAAAUUUGCGAAUAUAAA